AAAGUAGAAAGAGAAAGCGAAAGUCUCGCCGUUAUGCUCCCCUCUUUUUCCCCACUUUUGCAUGCUCACACCCUCUCCCUAUCCCUGAUUCCAUACGACUUCUCUAUUACUACUCUAGAACACUGAACACCCACACCUUUUGUUCACAAGCUCUCUGCAUCCCGCCAAUGCUUUUCCAAUUUCCAGGCCAUUCUCACACAACCACCAAUAUAAAUAUAAAGAUUGGUACCACUUCCCCAUCACCACUCCAACACCACCACCACACAAUUAAAGAAACCAAAAGCCUACAUACCUGGAGACUCUUGGAGGAGGAGGAGGAGAAGAAGCUAUGAACUGGAGAUCUUUCUCUCUUUGGAUCUCCAAGCUGAAGCAAUUCAACCCCAAACCCCACCCUCCCGCCACCCGAUCCGCAUCCGACUACCUCUCCUACACUCCGGAUGCGCUGGAUCGAGCUGCAUUCGCCGAGCCCCGCCGACGCUCGGUCGGCGAAGACGAAAGUGCGCUUGGGCGAACUAGGGUGAAACCUGGCCGCCGUAUGGCUAGAUCGGUCGGAUCGGACUUCGAGUUACCGGAAUUUCGCCGGGAUCUCACGAUCCUCGAUGAAAUUGAGAGAUCCGAGAGCCGGAUGAAGGAAAGACGGGCUGCGCAGCGUCGAGGAAGAGCCCGGCGGAGGGGAAGAGCUAGAAUUAGGGUUUCGUCCCCUCGAGCUGCGAUGGCGGAGGAGAAGAAGAAGGGAUUGGAGAGGUUCGCGGUAGUGAAGCGCUCGUGUGAUCCCCAGAAGGACUUUAAGGAAUCAAUGGUGGAGAUGAUAUUGGAGAAUAAGAUCGGACGGCCAGAAGAGCUGGAGAGGUUGCUGGCUUGUUACUUGGCUUUGAAUUCGGAUGAGCACCACGAUAUGAUCGUGAAGGUGUUUCGCCAGGUUUGGUUCGAGUUGAACCCGGCUCGGUUUGCGUCCGAGUGCCGUUGUUGUCGCCGAGUUGGUUAACUCACUCACUGCUUAGAAGUCCAAAUAUGAUAAUAAUAAUAAUGAUAAUAAUUUUUACUCUUUAGUUAUUGUUGUUAUGGAAAAUUGUUGGAAAUUAUGAACUAAGAGGAGUUCCGCAAACCAAAGAAACAUGCUCUUGCAAAUGAACAUGUUAGUUAAAACAGUAAAAUAAAAUCUAUGU